UCCGCUUUAGGCAGGCAGAUUCCGCUGCAACGCGCACGCCCAGUCGCCCACGGUGUCGCUUCUCGACCUCGCCCACCAUCGCCUUUCAAAAAGCGAGGGUGGGAUUCCUCGAGAGGGACAAGCCGUGCCCGGCAGCUCCGCUCCACCCGUCGCCGAGAAUGUCCGACGAGGCUAGGCGCGGGGCCGGGGGCGCCGCGCAGGCGGCGCUCCGGGCCUCCUCCGAGGACCGCAAGCCGGUGGGCGCGGGGUCCCCGCCGCCGGCCGCGGCGGCGGCGGCGGCGCACAAGAUCCAGCUCAAGAGCGCCGACAUGAAGGAGGAGAUGCGGCAGGAGGCCUUCGAAAUCGCCCGCAUCGCGUUCGACAAGCACACCAUGGAGAAGGACAUCGCGGAGUACAUCAAGAAGGAGUUCGACAAGAACCACGGCCCAACCUGGCACUGCAUCGUCGGCCGUAACUUCGUUGCUCCGGCCUCCAAAACAAACUCCUUUUGGUGGAGUAUAUUGUUAUGAUGCCUGCGACUAGUGGCAUAUGCUAGCUUGGGAAAAUGAAAAAGUUCGUAUGUAACGCAUGAAACAAACUACUUUGUAUACUUCUACAUCGAUUCUAAAGCCGUCUUGCUAUUCAAGUCUGGGUGAUUGGCACAGUUAUUGUGAUCACCCUUGCAUGCCUGCAUCCUGUUACUCUUUUGUAUGUCCCCCUUUUCUCUGAGUCGUCUGCAGCCAAGCUGGAAGCUGGUGAGGCGAUAAUCUUGUGAGCCUGCAUGUUGAUGUAUCAGCGACAGAUUUUUCCUCCCUAUUCCAGCAGUGUGGGAUCAUAUUGUAUCUGUUUUGCGUCUGCUAUAUCUAGGUGUUGUGAGGACCUUCUCUUAUUGCAAUAUGAUUGCCUGAAAUAUUGGACGCACCCACUCU